GCAAGAGAGAGAACCCACCAAAACUCUCUUCGUGCUCCGAUUUUCUAUAGGAUAGUAUAGAGAAGCUUCGCUCCGGUUUACUAUAGGAUUUUCGCCGAGUUUGCAAAAAGAGUCCAGCUUCAGGUGCGAAGAUAUACUGGGGGUAUAUCUUUGACCUGAAGGCCUGCUAGUAAACAUAACAAAUUUAAGGCAAUAUAGGCGAGACUCGCAACCUUAGAAGAAUUAUUAUAUUAAUUAAUCCGCCUGUGUUAAUUAGGUGUAUAUAAUUAGGCUCACAAUGGCACUUCAGUCGCUUCCGUUGCAGGAUGUAUUUUUAAUGAUCAGGCGAAAAAAAAUGACAAUAUUUACCGACGCGAAAGACGACACCACAGUACUCGAGCUUAAGAAGAUGAUUGAAGGCAUACUGAAAGUACCACCAGCAAAUCAACAGCUAUUUAAUAAGGAAUAUUUUCUCAUGGUUGAUAACAAGGCAUUGCAAGAAUAUGGAUUGACAUCGUUAACCGCAAAAGCGCAAAAUCCUGCAUUAGUUGGUUUAGCUUUACGUCAAUCGGAUGGUCAAUUUGAGCCCUUGGAGAUGACGCCGUUUUCAUUACCACCAGAUCUCCCCGAUGUUAUGAAAUCUCAAGAGAAUAAUGGACAAGAGCAAUCUCCUUGAAAUAAUGCGGAUGGUAUAUGCACCAAUUGACGAUGAAGUUUUGUGUUCUAUACAUUUUAGUAAUCGUCAGUGCAAUUCUGAAUGGUAAAACGAGAGAAAUUCUUAUGUACCAUGUACUAUGUGAAUAUUAGAAUGUGAAUAUCAUGGUGUCGAGAGGGAGCACUAUGUGAAUAUAUUAGAUACGUACAAUUUUAUACAGAGAUGUUCGGAACAGCAACUUUUUUUCAAUAUUUAAUCUAAUGAGGACGCUAUGUAGUCACAAUCUUCAGUUUUUCUAAUAACAUCACAAGUAAUAAUUUGUAUAUUCAAUUAUUAGACUGAAGGUGAUAAUAAAACUGAAAAAGAAACAUGCUCACACUUUACACCGUGCAUUAUAAACCAAAUUAUAUAGAUAAAAUUAUACAUUAGUAUUUUGUUAUGAUCAGAUUGCGAGAAUAAAUACCUCAGCUUAUCAUUAAGUUACAAAUAUAGCUUAAAUAUUUUUAAAUAAUUUUUAACAUCUUAAAAACCGAAUUUUUGUUUUAUUUAACUGGCUAUACAUAAAUAUAUAUAUAUAUUUAUACCCUUGUAUCACAAGGAAGACUAAAAUAAAUUCAGUUUCAUAAGA